AUGGGCACAGACCACACCCACCACGCUGCCUCACUGGUGAAUCCAGGAACACCAACAGCUUGUCUCCUCGAACACUCCCUGGACUGGAAGAAUUGUACCCAGAAUUUACCUGCCCUGACCGCAGUAUCGAUCCCCGUCGACUUGAACUUUACGACUCCUCGGCACCAAGCUGUUUCUGCUGUCUGCCCUGUCCAGAUAUUUGGUACCUGGACGCCCACGCUGUCGACACUGUUUCAGCAAUGCGGCAUCGAUAAGCAAUUAAUGGAAUGGGGCUUGCAGCAGGCACAGCGUGAACGCGCACCCGUGGGGUUUGAAUAG